CAGCCUCCAGUGCGCGGCGGUGGUGAUGCUGACGCUCCCGUGUGACACAGCCCGCUGCGUUUCUGGCACACCGCGCGGGAGGCAUCAGUUUGUGAACCCGCGGCUCAGCCUCUGCGCUCCGGACGCGCCCGUGCACAUCCACCGCUCAGCCCAGAUAAGUUGAGGGGGAGAAUCCUGCCGCACGAUAUUCCUGAGGAUCUCUCUCUCUCUCUCUCUCUCUCUCUCUCUCUCUCUCUCUCUCUCUCUCUCUCUCCCUUGCUCGCUCGUUCGCUCUCUCUCUCUCUUGCUCGCUCUCUCUCUCUUUCCGUGUCCCCCCCCCCCUCUCUCUCCUUCAACUUCGAUGGCUUGAGUGGCCCAUUUGCACUCAUGCUCGCAGCCGAGGAGGGAUGUAAGGUACGGGCCAUCCACCGCCCUCACAUUGCGCGGACCACCGGCGUGAUCCAGGUCGCCGUUUGAGUGCCAGAGAGAGAAAGAAAGACAGAAAGACAGAAAGACAGAAAGAAGGAAAGAAGGAAAGAAGGAAAGAAGGAAAGAAGGAAAGAAAGGAAGAAAGAAGGAAGGAAAUAAAAAGGAAGAAAGAAAGAAAGAAAGAAAGAAGAAAGAACGAAGAAAGAAAGAAAGAAAGAAAGCAAAAACAGAAGAACUACUUUCGACAUGUGAAUGGUCGAACAUUUGCUUCACUCACUCCACCGGCUCGCCUGUCCUAUGCUACCGACAACGGGAUUUCAAGAGGAAAAUGAUUGUGGCAUCAUAAACUACUUCUGGGGACGCCUGUCACAGAUCUCUGCGCUGAAGUGGACAGGGUGGAUGGUUAUUUCCCACACACUUCCAGCCUAUGUGUGCUGCAUUCAUCUGUUGGAAACGCUGCCGAGUAUCUUCGACUACAGAGGAAUGCUGGUCCAAGAUCUAAUGCCAUUCACUUUAAGUUGUUGGCCUUUAUUCUUCGGUCACUGCCUCCUCUCACUGUUUUUACUCUCAUGCCAGGGAGAACUCCAGAGGUCAUGCUCACGGACUGUGGCGGAGAAAGUUAGUGAACAGUGCCAGCUGGCAUGCCACUGUAGAAGAUACCCUCCCCUGCCUCCACCGCCACCUCCCCCGCCUCCCCCGCGGCUACUGGUCACCAUAGUGCCGGAGCCCAUGGUGCCCUUGUUGAGGCCCUGGUGGAUGGAGAUGGACAUUGCAGUGCUUGGAACGGUCGGCUGUGCCUCAUUGGUGUUCCUCCUCUCAGCCAUCAUCAUCUGCUACAAGGCCAUCAAGAGGAAACCACUACGGAAAGAGGAGAACGGGACGAGUCGCGGGGAAUACGCCAUGAGCAUCCGCAAGAAGAAGGCCAUGGGUACGAACAACACUGUGGUAUAGACUGGUGUGGACGCAGGAAGUGACAUCACCGUGUACGUCUCUCAACCCCCCCCC